AUGAGCAAGCGGACAUCAGACCAGACCAAUCCACCGCCCGUCUCCUCUAGUCGAUUAACAAGCCAGCCAACUUCCAAUGCUUCGAGUCCCGGCUCAUUAGGUAGCGGACGCAUCUUUGCGCCCCCGCUCCCGGAACCCCAUUCGGCUCUUCCGGGCUAUUUGGGCUCUACAAGUUUCACUGCAGUUCUGACUGAGCAUCGCAAUGAGAUCCCCUUCGAACCCGAGGACCACCCCGAUCCCUGCCCCGUUUUGACAGUGGCGCCUGACCGCGUCCAGUCCGGAGCGGAGGUCCUGCUGUUCCUCUACAGCUUCAAACACCGGCAAAAAUUAUUGAAUCAAUUUCAUCUUCGAACAUGCAAUGCUAUCGCUCCGGAGGUUCUUGUAAGAGCUACGCUGGCGUCGAUUGAAAGAACUUUCGACGAAUUCGAUGGUCAUAAUUUAAUGCCUCGGCUGCAAAAGCUCGCCACCCAAAUAUUUCGAAAUACUUCACGACCAAUGACUUCUCACCCAUCAAUGAGUGUAAAAGAAUACUGUGACUCCUUCACCGGAGAAAAUCUUCGCUGGGAGCCUAUCGGCAAUCUUUUUUCGAUAUUCGGUCAGCAACUGGUGGCAAAAGACCAUCUUCUGGAGCAAGUCGUCGUGGCUACCACUAUUUGCAUCAACUAUUGCGAUGAAGCUUCCUCGGCCAAUGAAAUUCUAGCCUAUCUUCAGUACAAUGAUAUCAUGCUACGGACUCAACAAUACGGAGAUUCAAACUAUCAAGCGUGGCGUCGUGUAGGUGACCUAGUUGCCACGGUAUAUGCUGUCGGUCUUCAUACAGAUGGGGAGGAGCAUACCCGCCCAUUCUUUUUGCGCCAGUGGCGAAAGGGCUGUUUCAUCUCUGUCUUCUACCUGGACAAAAUGCAAGCCAGCUUUUUUGGUCGACCACCUCUAAUAAACUAUCGUUAUUGUACGAUGGUGCCCCCUUUAGACUUGAGUGAUGAUGUUAUCAUCGAAGGGGGUGACGCUCUAAACAAAGCGAUUUCGGAGCUUGACGGCAAUGGAUGGAAUACUCAUGGAGCUCGCUACCGAAUAACUCCUUCACUACUACGAUUCAAAAUGGCAAUUUGCAGAGAACAAACUCUUGAGCUGGCGCUUGGAACUGAUCAACCGCAGGAUCUGGUACAGAAAACACAGGAGAUCAAGGAAAAGAUAUGCGAUGUUUGGGAGUCUACUCCAGAUCAAAUUCGUUAUGAUCGCCGAAAGAACGAUGAUUUUCACGACGCCUUUCUGACAAUAGUCUACAUGUAUCUCAACUACCUCUACACAUGCUUCUUGCUCCAGAGGACCUUGAUAAAGUACACGAACACUGGGCAAGAGGAACUUUGUGAUAUUUCACGUCAAACACUGGCUAUUGUAAUCAACCUUACCUCGGCGCGCCACCCCAUGGUAGACCUCGACAGACAUUAUUCUUGGAUAGCCCUCUCAUAUGGUCUUCCCGCUGCUAGUGUUCUUCUACUGGAACUAUUACACCAGUCCCACAACCCUGGCCCGCAUAAUGUGGAGCUUCCUCGAUCUGAACUCAUUCGGAACUUAAGCGUCUUUAUAUCAGUUCUGUCCUGGGUGUCACGGCCGGGCCAUGGAAACCACCAGGCAUGUAAGGAGGCCGAGAAGAAGCUGUCGCGAAUCCUCGACCAAUUGCUCGACCCGCAGCCCGUCCCCGCAGAAAUGGUGCAUGAUGUUACUUCCGGUCUGUCCAGCUUUCUUGACUGGUCGAAUUCCAACGCCUGGGAUUUCAACACGGAGUAUUUUUCCGCAACAGAUGCGUUUGUGCAGUGA